AUGCCUUGGGAUGCGACUCGGCUGUGGGUCGCUCCGUUUGAAGGCGGCGCCACCGCGGACACAGCCUCGCACGCGCUGGUGGCGGGCGGUGACGGCGACACCUCAGUGCUGCAGCCGGCCUGGCACCCGUCGGGAGCGCUCUACUUUGUCUCCGACGCGUCCGGCUACUACAACAUCUUCCGUGCCAGGGACGCAGGCGACGCGGAGCUAAAACCCGCGGUGCGCGCCAUCGCCAAGGAUGCGGACCUUUCCGGUCCAAAGCCUGGAUGGCAGUUUGGCACACAGGGAUUCGCCUUUCUCGCAGACGGGCGUGUCGCUUCCUUCUACGCGGGGGCAGCGAGCGACGGCGGCGACUGGGGCCGCUCGUCGUCUUCCCCGACAGCGAGGACUCGGCUGAGGCGGCAGCGAUGGCGGUCGAGCGUGUAUGAGUGGCACGUGCCGCCCGCUAGCGCAAAGCGACCGCCACGAGAGGACGCUGUGCUCCUCGCGUGCUGCUCGUCGCAGCGGAUCGACGAGGCAUACAUCUCCAAACCCGAGCUAGUCGAGUUCCCCACCACGCUCGGCACGGCCUUUGCUUACUUUUACCCGCCGACGAACGCAGAGUGCAGCUGCUCGACGGGCGCGCCUCCCCUGCUCGUAAAGGCGCAUGGCGGGCCGACCGGCGCUGCCUCGCCCAAGUUCAGCCCCGAGGUUCAGCGGUCGCUACGCGUACGGACCCGUACGCCGUAG